CUUGCGCCUGAGUGUCCCAGUGUAGCGCCAUGUUGUAGAGAAAGAGGGAUCGGAGAAGGGGCCGCAAUCCGCUGCAAUCCGCCCUCCCUGCCUGUAUAGGUGGAAUGGUUGUUCCCUGUGUUUUUAAGGUAUGAAUGAAGUGCUCUGGCAGGACUCCCUCCCCCAGCAGCAGUAUCAGCAGCCGCCACCACCGCAGGACAGUUUCAGUAACAGCGUCGCUCACAGCAUGCCCGUGGUGUUAACAGGACCCUCUGCUGCCGGCCCCCAGCAGCAGCAGCAGCAACAACACGCCGCCUCCCAGGCUCUGGCCACUGCCUCGGUCUCCACACAAGGCCCCGGCUCGAUGGGGCCUCCGGUGCCAGUAGUGGUACCAGCACUUGCACUGGCUGCGGGCCGCUCUCAGGAUGAUGCCAUGGUGGAUUAUUUCUUCCAGCGGCAGCCCGGCGAGCAUCUGGGAGGAGGAGGCAGCAGUGGAGUCGCUGGGGGUGGUGGCAGUGGAGGUGGCGGAGGAGGAGGUGGAGGCGGUGGUUACAAUGGGAAGCAUCGCUGGCCAACAGGAGACAGCAUCCAUGUUGAACAUCACCAG